AUGGACAUGGAAAUGAUACUAAUCUAUGUUUGCAUGGCCACCUUCUUAGCAUAUCUCUUCCUAAAACCACUCUUCACUCGAACCACCAACAAAAAGAACCUACCACCGUCUCCGUGGCGACUUCCGGUGAUCGGAAACCUUCACCAGAUGAGCCUUUACCCUCACCGCUGUCUCCAUUCCCUCAGCCUUCGUUAUGGACCGCUCAUGCUACUUCACUUCGGCUCCGUCCCUAUCCUCGUGGUCUCUUCUGCUGACGCAGCUCGUGACGUCAUGAAAACACACGACAUAAAGUUCUCCAAUCGCCCCAAAACUAAAACGGUCGAUAAACUUCUCAAGUGGGGGACAGAGAUAGGCUUUUCCCCUUAUGGCGAAUAUUGGAGGAAGGUUAAGAGUAUUUGUGUUAUGAAGCUCCUUAGCAACAAAACGGUUAGCUCUUUUGAGAAUAUAAGAGAAGAAGAGAUCAAUGUGAUGAUGGAGAAGCUUGAGAAAGCAAGUUUUUUGUCUUCACCCGUGAAUCUAAGUGAAUUCCUCACGACUCUUACAAACGAUGUAUUGACUAGAAUUGUCUUGGGAAGAAAAUAUAGCCACGAGGGAGGUGGAUAUAUUUCUCAGAACGUAGUGAGGAGAUUCAUGGAGCUCUUAGGUGCUUUCCCUAUCGGCGAUUUCAUUCCUGUUCUGGCAUGGAUAGAUAGAAUCCGAGGUUUGGAUAGUAAAGUGGAUCAUGUAUUAAAAGAGGAUAUGUUGUUUGCGGGAACGGUAACGACUUUCACUCUAAUAGAGUGGACAAUGACAGAGCUUAUGAGACAUCCAGAGUGUAUGAAAAAACUCCAAGAUGAGAUUCGUUCCGUUUCAACUCAUAAUUCAUAUGUGUCGGAGAAAGAAGUUGAGAAGAUGAAUUAUUUAAAUCUUGUGAUCAAGGAGGUGCUUCGAGUGCAUCCCCCCGCUCCAAUGAUUCCCCGACAAGUGAGUGAAGAUGUCGAGUUACAUGGAUAUGACAUAGCGGCAGGAACACAAGUGCUAAUCAAUGUAUGGGCGAUCCAACGAGAGACUGCAACAUGGGGACCAGACGCAGAAGAGUUUAGGCCAGAGAGGCAUUUAGAUUUGCUUGUGGAUUUUCAAGGACAAAACUACAACUAUAUUCCAUUUGGAUCAGGAAGAAGAGGAUGUCCUGGAAUAGGGUUUGCAUUAGCUUUGGUAGGAGUUACAUUAGCCAACCUUGUGAAAAGGUUCGAGUGGAGAGUCCAUGUGGAAACAAUGGGAGAUGAUAAGCCUGAUCUAGCUGAAGCAGUUGGUGCUGAUGUUUGCCGCAAGUUUCCUCUUGUUGUCUGUCCAUCCUCUGUUUGA